CGACCAACUAAAUGCAGACCUGGCCGUAAAAGACGUCAUUCCCAAUCAUUGGAAGGGAUGUAGCAUUCAAAUAAAGACUACAUCUCUCCCUCUUAACAUUCCACCAAACAUUUACUAAAAUUAAAAACCUAUUUCCCACAACUCUAUAUAACAUAUUACUUCUUCCUGUUACUUCUCAUUACAACAAAAUGGCUUUGGUGCUUUGGGCUCUCAUCGUGGCUUGUCUGAGUUUCCCAAUAGGUAUUACCGAUGCCCAAACACCAGCAGCAUCGCCAUCAACAACUUCACCCGCUACACCUGCACCUACAACCACUACGCCUCCACCUUCAACCACACCAGCACAAUCACCAAUAAGUGCAAUGACACUCCCACCUGCAACCACUCCUAUAUCACCACCGUCUCCUAAAGUAGCACCAGCUACCAGCCCAAUAGUUCCACCUCCACAACCACUGCAAAGUCCUCCAACUGCAGCUCCAAUACAAACACCAGCACUGCCACCACCACCAGCUACACCACCGCCUUCUUUACCACCAGCUACACCACCCCCUUCUUUACCACCCCCACGAGUGUCUCCAGCUCCAGCAUCAGCCCCUGCAAAAGAGACACCAUCACCAUCACCAGCUAAGGAAGUACCUGCACCUGCACCAGCACCAGCACCAGCAACACCAGCGCCAACACCAGCACCAGCACCAGCCACUCCAGCACCAGCACCAGCACCAGCUAUUCCACCACCAGCCCCAUCACCAGCAUUAGUGCUUUCCCCAGCUACAGCUCCUGGCAAGCACAAGAAGAAAAGAAAACACAAGCACAAGCACAAGAGGCAUCAUCAUGCACCAGCUCCAGCUCAAGCACCAAAUCCCCCCAGCCCCCCAGCCCCACCUACAGUGACAACAGUAUCUGAGGACACAGCUCCUGCACCAUCCCCAAAUCCAAAUGGAGGAAAUUCAUUGUAUCACCAUGAAGGAAGGGCUGGAAUGUUAGCAAGGACUGUUUUAGCUAUUGCCUAUUUGCUGGUAGUUACAGGCUACAGUUUCUAGAAAUGUUACCAAGCCAUGAAAUUAUAUUUAUGAUGAAAAGAGAUUACUUUAUAUGUACAAACAAGAUCGGUGUGAAAUUCAGAUUACAGGUAUUAUAAAGGCAAGCCAAGAAAUUGUCAACA